AUGGCCUCCAAGUAUCAGAAGCUGCUCAACAAGCACGUGCUCAUCAUCGGCGGGACAUCAGGCAUCGGGUUUGGCGUCGCAGAGGCGUCACUCGCGUCGGGAGCCCAGGUGACCGUGUCAUCUUCCAACCAGUCCCGGGUCGAUGCAGCCGUCGAGAAGCUCAAGGCCGAUUUCCCAGACCAGAAAGCGGCCGGCUACGCGUGCGACUUGUCCAAGCCCACCGUCGAGCAGGACCUCGAGGCCCUUUUCUCAAAGGUCGGCAAGGUCGACCAUAUCGUCUACUCUGCCGGGGACAAGCUCGCUGCUGCGCCUAUUCAGGAGAUUACCUACGACAAGAUCAUCGCCGCGGGCCAGGUCCGAUUCACUGCGGCCUUGCUUGCAGCGAAGGUCGGGAGCAAGUAUCUUAAUCCCGGCCCUUACUCUUCCAUAACACUUACGACUGGCUCUUGGAGCAUGGUUGCAGGAUUCGCGACAGGUCUGCAUGGCCUGACGAGGAACCUGGCGUUGGAUCUGAAGCCCAUCAGAGUGAAUCUCGUGAGCCCCGGUGUGGUGGAGACCGAGCUUUGGGACUCCUCGUUUGACAAGGAGGCCAAGAAGCAGCACUUAGAGGGCAUAGCUGAGAAGCUCCCGACGGGCAGGGUAGCUCAGCCUGCGGAUGUGGCUGAAGCGUACCUGUUCCUGAUGAAGGACCCAAGUGUGACGGGCACGGUGGUGGAUAGUAACUCAGGUGCAUUCUUGAUUUAA